CUUUUCCAAAUUCUUAAUAAAUUCUUAGGCAAAAUUAACCAGAAAGAAGAAGAAACAAAGCUGAUCUUAGAAAACCUGAAGGCUCAAGUGAAGAAAUAAAGAAGAUGAUCAAAUUAAUAUUCAUUGAAAGUUUGAUACUUAAGAAAAUGAAGGACAGAUUGCAACAGAGCACUCAUCAAGUCCAGAACAAUGUAACGAAUAUCACUGAAAGAUAUCAAAAGAUAUCUGAGAAUGAUGAAAAACUCCAAACAGCUCAAUUCUUGAUAGAAUCUAGAAAAGAUAUUAAAUAAAAUCAGAAAAAUUACAGGAAAAGUAAUCACUUUGGAAGAUGUCAAGACUCGAUUUAAUAAGGCUAUGAGAAGGAAAAAGAAACUAGUCUUGAAAUCAAUUACUACUUCGUCUAGUGAGAGCAGCACUCAGUCUUUGAUUAAUAAAUAUAAGAAUGAGGAGGAAGACGAGCUUGAGAAUGUUAAAAGCAAAGUAGAAGAGUUUAAGAUCUUAGAUAAACUUAUGUAUAUCUUGUAUAUCAAAAAAUAUUUUGAUCACCGAAAGCAAAAGAAUCAGACAAUCUCAAGAAAAUCAAACGUUGUUUGCUUUGAAUCUCUUAAGUUCUUCUAUGACCGCCAAUCAGUCAUAAAUAUGACAAUAGAUGAUACUUUCAGCAAUAAUAUCUUUGAAUCAACUCCUCUUUUAGCUUUAUUCUUAAAUAAAUGCGAGAUAUAUAAUGGAUAUUACCAUCAGACCAGAGAUCUCACCGAGGAUGAUAUCAUUCAAGCUGCUACAAACUGCAUUGAGAUCAUUAUUGAGAUGAACUCUAGAGCUAAACGGCUUUUUAACGAUACUGAUGGCGAUUAUUACACACUUAUUUAUGCUAAAUAACUCAAAGCUAAAAGCCCUCACAAAAGAGAAGGAAUUUUUCGAAAAUGAGCAUAAAAUUCUCCACGAGUUCUUGAGCAACAGGUCGAAAUCUGCUCUUCAAUUUUGGUCCAAAAGAAGCACAAAUGAGAUAAAAUAAAGAAGUCAAAGACAAGGAAGCUGAGAUUGCGAGACUCCAAGCCUUAGCAACUGAGAAUAAUCAGAAAUAUCAUCAAAUAAUGCAAGCUUUUCUGGCAAUGUUCAACUGUUUCAGAUUCAAAUGCUUCAAAAUAGUCGAAACUGUCAAAACUGUGGAAGACCAGAACCUCAGCCUCUCUGAUUCAGACAGUAGUGGUAAUCGGAGGUUCUUUUUAAAAAGUGCUAAAAUAGGAAGCUUCAGGCAGAAAAGGAAUUCUAUAUCAAACUUUGAAAAUAAGAAUACUCUAGCUAAAUAAGAAUUCUGUUUAUCCUCAAAGCAAUAAAUUUUUAUUCCUUAAACCAGACCUACCUAAACCCCCCGAGUCAGCCCUUCCGAUGAGUAAAAGAAAAUUUUAUAAAUCUAAACAUAAGAAAGGCAAAAUAGUACACUCUUCUGAUGCUAAUCAACCUUCAAGCGCUACUUGGACUAACCGUUUAAAUACAAAUCAGUCCAAAUAACUUACUCAAUCCUUCGAAAAGAAUGGAGAAAAUAAAGGAGAUUUCUCCUCUGAAAUUUCGCAACAAGAAGUCAGCAUGCUCACAUCUAAUCUCAUUCAUCGAAAAUACAGAAGCAAGCAAAUUCUCAGCUUCUUCAGACUCCGACUCUGAGGAGUCUUCGCACAUGCCUUCCUUCCUGGACAAGCCCAAAUUGAAAGUGUUCGAGGAGCCUCAGUACAAAUACGUUGCUCACAAUACUUUCAAAAUGAUUGCAACUCUGAUGAAGGCAACCGAUGCUCUUAAAGAAUUUUAUUCUAUUGAUGAAGAAGAUAGCUAUGUAAGGGAAAGCCAAGCCAACCUUGAGUACCAAGUCCAUAAGUACAGACUUGGAAAUUUUUGAAAAUUGAGGAAGAAGAAGAAGUAUGCAAGUCUUAAUAAGCGCAAUGCAGCAAGCUCGCUUUAUACUAGUAGAAAGCAGAGUGUGCGGUUGAGUAUGGACCAGGGUUUGGAGAAACAAGAAGUGUUGUCUAAAGAGCUGAGUGAGAAAGAAGCGGUAGUUAUUAACAAAGCUAUAAAUUCAUUCUCUGUCUUCCAGAGAGAAGAAAAAGUGUUUCAGAAAUAACCUGGCUCAGGAUGUGACCAACUUCAAAAUCACUUAUAAACGCCAGAUAAAGAAACUCUAAGAGAAACGAAAUCAAAAUUGAUGGAGCAGAAAGAAUUCAAUCCAUCCCUAAAGCUUUACGAAAACAAAAAAUAUUACUUCAAGUCUUCAGCCACAGCUCAAGCCUUUCCAGUUAGCUCCAGGAAGAAGUCUCUCCAGUAUAGCAAUGAAAUCAAAAAGAAAAAGAAGAAAAAGGAUCCUAUACAAGAGGCUAUUCGCAAUUUACCAUUCCUUGAACAGAGCAGGCUUGAACUUAAAGGAAAAAUUCCAGUAGAAAUUCAAAAGACUCUUAAUAAAAGUCAAAGUAUGGCAAUUAAAGAUCUGGAUAAAAUUGGAAGAUCUAGAAAGAGAAAUUAGAAUAACACCAAAACUCAAAACAAUAAUAAAAAAUAAC